UUUGUAUUUUGAAAUCAUUGUAGUAAGAGAUGAGUGUUGGCAAGGAACAGGCGCUGUUCUUUGUCAGUCUGCCUGACCUGAGGAAGCUGUGCAGCGUGAUUUUGACUGUGCCGGUGGAGGAUGUUGAGGAGCUGAGGAACACACAGGUGAAGACCUGCAGAGAGCUGCUGUUGCUGUACUCUGAGAUCUUGGCGUCUCCUGUGUUGGAUUCUUAUGGAGAGAUCCUAGUUGUUAUGGCGAUCAGCUUCUAUAAGAGAGAAGUUCUCCAAACUUACGUUCAGAGACACAAUCUACAGAUGGGCCUUCCUCAGAGGGUUCACCCAUCCAUCCUCCAGGUUGGGCUGUCUUACUCCCUCCCUGCCAGACUGGCUCCUGACUGGAACAAGGCAGGGCAGUACCUCCUGGCCGGAAGGGAUUUCCUGUCUGAGUCUGGGAGGCUCAAUGCCAUUGUGAUGGAGCUUAACACCAACGAGAGCCAGCUGUGUGUCAGUGUGGAAGCCAACACUGUCAGACUCCCCCCAGCCAGACUAGAAGACUUUGAUCUUCCUCCUCUUGUCUUGAGGAACUUCUUGUCCCAGCACGACUCUGUGGUUCAAACCCCUAACAACUGGUGCUACAUCUUACCCAGCAUGAAGAAAGGACAGAUAGUGAGAAUCAGUCGUCAGCUGCCAAGAGACUGCCCCUUCCAGAGCUACGCUGACCUCCACAACCACUGGAGCAGUCUGUAUGGCUACCGUCUUCCCCAGCUUCCUGAGCAGGACGUUGUGUACUGCAGCGUUUACUUCAAACUGGUGGGACAAAGGCUCUUCACCUACCCCCUGAGCUGCAUCAGAAGUGGGCUGGUGCAGCGCUGUCCCAGGACCGACCUGCAGAGGGCGCUAGGCACCUUCUCCUCAGAUCUAAGGGACAAGCUGCACAGCGUUUGUGGCUUUUCUGCUCGCAUGACCAGCAAGCCCUGCUACCACACCAACACUCUGCUCAGCACGGCCUCUGCACAGGUGUCAAGUGGUAAACCAGUCAACCUGACCACCAAGUCAACCAGCCGCCCCGUCCUGACCCAGCUCCCUGCUGCCCAAUCUGUGAAGCCCUCCUUCGGGUCUCGGCCUCCGGCCAGGUGUAGUACUGGAGGUCAGAACUUGGACCAGGGAGAUGCCAGCCAGACUAGAGUCCUGGAGGACCACUCCGCUGGACCAAGGACACAAACGCACCAAACCCAGGUCUGGGCUUCCUCCUCCUCUUCUCUCUACCCCUCCUCUGCUCACCCCUGCUCCAGCAGACCCCCCCAGGAAGCGGGGGCUAGAAUAGUGCCCAUCUUUAAGAACAAGUCGCUGACCAGACAUGUCAACGUCACUCAGCUGCUGGCUGAGAAAAAACAACACCAACAUGUUGGAGGACCAUCUCCGGGCCACAAGAGACCAGCUCCUUCCUGGUCCUCCUCUUCCACCUCCUCCCACAAGAGACCAGCUCCUUCCUGGUCCUCCUCUUCCUCCUCCUCACAGCUUCUGUCAGCAUCCACCCCUCGCUUCACCCCUCGUCCCCAGCUGGGUGAGGGCUCUCCACACCCCACCCAAGGGGCCCCAUCCAGCCAGGGUGCUCCCCCAGGCAGGGUGUAUGUGUCUGGGGCUGGAGAAGCCCAGAUCCCUCCUCUACCUCCACCUGCAGCACUGGGACCUGCUGAUAUCCCAAGCAACAGAGGGGGGUACUGGUUUGAGUCGAAGCCUAAGAACGCCAAGCCCUCAGUCCAGGAUGUGGACGUGGAGACGUAUGCUAGGAGCAACCAGCUGUCGAAGGUCAACACAGCUACUCUGCAGGCUUGGUUGAGGGAAAGGGGCGUGACUGUGCGAUCCAAGGACAGGAAGGAUGAGCUGGUGUCAAAGGUUAUGGGCAUCCUGAGUGAAGCCUAAUUCAUGUUGGUGGUUGUUUUACUCCAACUUCUUUGUCACAGUUUGCUUUAUUUACUUGUUACUUAUAUGUCAUCACCUACUUAUUUAAACAAUGAAAAAUUGAUAAAGGGGGAUUAUUAUCUGGUG